AUGCCCUCCCAGAAUCGCCCGCUGGAAACCGCCACUCCGCCUCCUUCUCCUCCGCCACCGCCGGAGGAAGAAAAACCCGAUGAUUCGCUCCGAGGCAGCGAGAAUCACAACCAGAAGCUGAGCGACAACGAGAAAGAUUCCGAGGACAGCUCUGACUCCAGCGAUGAGGAAAUAGACGAAUUUAUUGUUGUGAAUUUGGGAGAAAUACGGAAGGAAGUUCAGUGCCCAAUAUGUUUAGGUAUAAUUAGAAAGACAAGGACUGUCAUGGAAUGCUUACACCGAUUCUGCAGAGAGUGCAUUGACAAAUCCAUGCGCCUAGGGAACAAUGAAUGUCCAGCAUGCCGCACACAUUGUGCUAGUCGACGCUCUUUAAGGGAUGAUCCAAAUUAUGAUGCCCUCAUUGCUGCUUUGUAUCCUGAUAUUGAUAAAUACGAGGAGGAGGAAUUGGCUUUCCAUGAAGAAGAGAAGGCUCGCAAUAAGCAGAUCCAAGAUUCAAUUUCACAGACAUUUCGUCGGCAAGCAGAAGCACUGGGAAAGAAACGAACAGGUAGAGUGUCAGCUGCUGCGUUUUCUAGACGACAGAGCACUUACCGGAACUUGAGAGGAAGGCGAACUCAUCGGGCUUCUGAAUACCCUGACUCUGAUGAAGACGAAGGAACUAAUGGCAGCAAAGACUCCUCUUCCGCCGAGGAGUGCUCACCUGAAGUAAAAUCAAAGAGGCACAAAAGAUGGGGAGGAGGUCGGUCCUCAGAGCAGUCGUCGGGGGCCAAUGCAGAUGAAGAUAAUGACCCGGAAGCCAACAGAGAACUGCAAGGUACCUCGGUCGGGCUUAUAGGGGGCACUGAGAUUCUUGCCUGGGGAAGAGGCGGUUUGCGGAGUAACACAAGGCACGGUGGGAAUGGUUGGGUCAAUGGCAAACUGUCGAGGAAUAGCAGACUCACGAAGCUGAGAGAGCAUCUCAAAAGUGCGACUGAUAAUGAUGAGGUGUUGAAAAUUAAUCUCCAGCUUGUUUCGCUGAUUGAUGGGAAUAUACCCUGCCUGAAGCGGCCUUAUCUCUGCUGCAGCCAGAAGUCAUCAGUUAGACACCUAAGCCAGUAUGUUGCUAUGCAGACAUCGACCGAAGCUGAUCGAAUCGAAAUAUUGAUUGUAAAAGAUAUUCCUCCUGUGAACAUCACCUCUAGUUUCAAAGGUGAACUUGGAAUUGUGGACCCCUGUCUCAAUGAGAUGCAGCUGUUGAACGAAGACCAAACGUUGGGGGAAAUUCAUGCCAAUUUUACUCAGCAAAACUUGGUUUUGGCUUACCGAGAAAAGGCACAAGGCUAA